AUUUUCACAUGCAUAAUAAUCCCUCAAAGUAACAACGACGAUUCCAAAUUGACGCUGCUCUAUAUAUGUGUUAGUGUAACAGAGAAGGCGCUGUAACAGAUGGCCUGCGCUUUCAGUUGCAGGCCUUUACUCAUUUCUUCACCCUUUGCCUUCCCUUCUUCAUCAUCGUCUCCCUCAAUCCGUGCUCCUACAACCCCAUUUCUCUUUUCCCUCUUACCCGUCAAAUCGUCUUCUAGACCAAUUAUUAAUAUUGUUACUGCUAACUGUGGGUCCUUCCCUUUGCUCUCUGUUGGUGGCGGAUGUGACGGCGGAAACAACAACAACGAUGGUCUGUUUUGGUCCGAUUCUUGGUGGUGGGACGACGAUUCUUCAUCUUCAUCUUCUUAUCCUUUUCUUUUGUUCCUUUCUUCGCUCCUUGCUUGUUUCUGCCAUUCCCAAUUAUCUCCCGCCCUCGCGAGAACCAAUAGGGAUACAGAGGAAGAUGGCAUCGUUUGGGAAGUGAGUGGGGGAAAGUGGACUAAGCUCAUUCCUGAUUUCUCAGAUGAUGCAUUUGUCGUUUCGAAUGAGGUUGUAAAUUUAACAAAAUCGAUGUCGCUUUCAACUCUUUGGGGGCAAUGCAGAGACCUUGUGAUGCGGUUGUUGCUCCCCGAAGGUUUCCCCGACAGCGUUACCAGUGAUUAUCUUGAUUACGCUCUUUGGAGAGGCGUGCAGGGCGUUGCUAGCCAAAUGAGUGGCGUUCUUGCCACCCAAGCAUUGCUCUAUGCUGUCGGGUUGGGGAAAGGGGCUAUUCCCACGGCUGCUGCUAUCAAUUGGGUGUUAAAGGAUGGAAUUGGGUAUUUGAGUAAAAUCAUGUUGUCCAAAUAUGGAAGACAUUUCGAUGUCAAUCCGAAAGGCUGGAGGUUGUUUGCCGAUCUCCUUGAAAAUGCUGCCUUUGGAUUGGAAAUCUUGACCCCUGUUUUUCCCCAUCUCUUUGUUCUUAUUGGUGCUGUUGCUGGGGCUGGAAGAUCAGCAGCUGCUCUCAUCCAGGCUGCUACUAGAAGUUGUUUCAAUGCCGGUUUCGCUGCUCAAAGGAACUUUGCUGAGGUAAUUGCAAAGGGUGAAGCUCAGGGAAUGGUGAGCAAGUCGAUUGGAAUUGCUCUUGGUAUAGCAUUGGCUAACUGUUUUGGCUCAUCUACAUCUUUUGCCCUUGCUUCAUUCGGUGUGGUUACUUGGAUCCAUAUGUACUGCAAUCUGAAAUCAUAUCAAUCUAUUCAACUGAGGACUUUAAAUCCCUAUCGUGCGAGUUUGGUUUUCAGUGAAUAUCUGCUGAGUGGUCAAGCACCUUCGAUCAAAGAGGUCAAUGCCGAGGAGCCGCUUUUUCCAGAUGUGCCAUUCCUGAAUUUUAUUUCCGCAAACAGAGAACGGUCAGAUGCACUAUCUUCUGAAGCGAAGCAGGCAGCUUCUGAAAUCAGGGUUCGGUUGCAAUUGGGAUCAAAACUCAGUGAUAUUGUCAACAACAAGGAGGAUACACUGGCUCUAUUCAGUCUGUAUAAAGAUGAAGGCUACAUUCUGACUGAACAAGAAGGAAAAUUCUGUGUAGUGCUUAAAGAAAGUUGUUCACCACAAGAUAUGCUGAAGUCACUUUUCCAGGUAAAUUACUUGUACUGGUUGGAGAGGAAUGCAGGAAUCAAAUCAAGGGGUGCCUCCAAUGACUGCAGACAAGGGGGUAGGCUACAAAUCUCUCUCGAGUACGUGCAAAGGGAAUUCAACCAUGUUAAAAUCGACAGUGAAUCAGUGGGAUGGGCAACUGAUGGACUUAUUGCAAGGCCUUUACCACACAGAAUUCGACCUGUUCACGUGGCCGUAUGAAUCGACUGCUUCUUGCUGUUGAUGUGAGAAAGGAUAACGGGAAUGCUUUGAUCUUUUUUUGGCUUAAGAAAAGUAGGAAUAAUUGCAUUUCUAAGUUCUAACAAAUUUUGUAAGAAGUUGCUUUUACAAGGCAGUGGGACAAAGACAACAAGGUAUUACUCUUUAGUGAAAUCUUUUCUU